AUGUCGUUGAAUAAGAUACAAGUGCCGGAAGACCCGAGAGUCAAGCAUUGUUCUACUAUCGUUAAUGGAACGACCUACGGGUACCUCCUUGCGGCUCCCCCAGAUGGCAAAUAUAGAGCAACUAUCUUCUUGAUCCAUGGUUUUCCCGACCUCUCUAUGGGUUGGAGGUAUCAAAUCCCGACGCUUCUCAACCUUGGUCUAAGAGUUGUGGCUCCAGACUGUAUGGGUUAUGGACGCACUGAAGCCCCGAAAUUCACCCCUGAGUCUGCCUGGCGCUAUGGCUACAGGCAAUGUGCAAAAGACAUGAGGGAACUUGCGCACCAGUUGGGUUCCUCAAAAGUUAUCCUUGGAGGGCAUGAUUGGGGCGGUGCCAUUGUUUAUCGUAUUGCUCUCUACGAACCAGACUUUGUUACCCAUGUAUUUUCGGUCUGUACCCCUUACUGGCCGCCAACCAAGGAAUAUCAAUCACUCGAACAAACAAUUGCAAAGAUACCAUUCUUUGGGUACCAGGCUCAAUUUGCCAAUGGUGGUUUGGAAAACAUCAUUCAGUCAAAGGAGAAAAUACGUCAAUUUUUGAAUGCCAUGUAUGGUGGCAGAACAACAAGUGGUGAACCAGCAGUGAGCAUGGAAAAAGGCGUUCUACUAGACAAAUUACCAGAUAUUCAACAGUCUCCACUUCUCUCUGAUGCAGAAAUGGAUUACUAUGUGGACGAAUAUUCAAGAACCGGUUUGCAUGGGCCAGCGAGCUGGUAUCGAACCCGAGAGCAAAACUGGAAAGAAGAGCAGGAGUUCUUAAACAGGUCUAUCGAUAUACCCGUUCUUUAUAUCUCGGCAACAAAAGAUAUGGCACUUCGGCCAGAGCUCGCACGUAAUAUGGGCCGGAAAAUCAAAAAUCUUACCAAAGCUGAAGUUGUUGCUUCACACUGGGCUCUUUGGGAAAAACCUAAAGAAUGCAAUGUGCACAUCAAAAACUGGAUUGAAGGUGUUGUGUUUGGGGGAAAGGUAAGGCUGUAG